CUGGCAACCCUCCGACUGCCAGACAAUCGGUCUUACCUCCUGAGCUAUGUCGCUACUUGGGCUAACAUCACGAAAUUCUCAUCACGAAAUUCUUUUUCCGAUCAUUGUUCAUUGGAAUCAUCAGAGGAGACAGUCAUAUUGAAGUUCGCUGCAAGGGCGUCAUUCGACAGCGACUCAUUGUUUCCUGAAACACACACAGGGCGUGGUAAACCUUGGACACACUAGCCGUCCUAGCUGUUAACACUGGUUAUUAACGCUGAAGGGCUGCUAACUGUAUGACAUCGUUAGAAGAUCGCUAGCUAAUUUACCCACCGUGUAACGUCUGCCAAUUAACUGCCUUGCUAAGUGAUUAUUCUUUCAGUCCAACGGCAAUACCAGCAACAAAACUCUGUUGGCUAUCUAGGCUACGUAGUGCUAGCUAGCUAACGUUAUAAGUAUUUACGAUUAGCUGUCUAAGGUUAAAUCGACUUGAACCGGAGGAAUAUGCCGAGGUUUAGGCAUUCCUGGUCGUAUUUGGGGGCGACCUUGUUUUUGUGUUUUCUGCUUGCUGAUUGUGUGAAAGGAGAAUGCCAACCACCUCCGUCGAAGACUGGCUUAGAAUUGACGGAAGAGGAAGCUGCAUUGGACACAUUCGACGAAGGAUCAAGCGUUACUUUCAAAUGCGGAACAGGAUAUACAAAAGUCAGUGGAGAUGGGACAAUAUUGUGCAGGAAUGGCAUUUGGACCGUGGAAACACUUCAGUGCCAAAAAAAAUCGUGUGGUUCACCUGGAUACUUGAUAAACGGAAGAUUUAGCACUCCAGAGGGAACUGAUUAUGGUGCGACCGCUUACGCUUCUUGCAACCGUGGCUAUGAAGUGCAAGGAACGGCCUAUAGGCAGUGUUUUGACUUUGGUUGGAGCAACCGCGUUCCGCUCUGUGAAAUUAAGAAAUGUGCGGAUCCGCCCACAAUUGUCAAUGGAAGAAUCUCCAGUCGUCCUGACACAGAAUUCCCUGUGUUCAGGGAUAUAGUACAGUACAAAUGUGACAAAAACUACAACCUUGUUGGAGACUCGCAGCUUGUAUGUAAUGAGCUUGGUUCAUAUAAUGGAACGGUUCCCCAGUGUAAAGAACUGAACUGCCCAGAUCCAAGUAUCAAAAAUGCCCAGCGGGUUGAUGGCGGUCCGCCGCCCUAUAAACUUAAAUAUUUUGUAACCUAUAGAUGCAAUGAGGGCUAUGUGAUGGAAGGGCAAAGUAGACUAGUGUGCGAAGCAACGGGAUGGUCCUCUGACUUCCCAACCUGCAAUAAAGUUAGGAAAUGUGCGGAUCCGCCCACAAUUGUCAAUGGAAGAAUCUCCAGUAGUCCUGACAAAGAAUUCCCUGAGUUCGGGGAUAUAGUACAGUACACCUGUGACAAAAACUACAACCUUGUUGGAGACUCGCAGCUUGUAUGUAAUGAGUUUGGUUCAUAUAAUGGAAUGGUUCCCCAGUGUAAAGGACAAUGCCAACCACCUCCGUCGAAGACUGGCUUAGAAUUGACGGAAGAGAGCGCGGCAUUGGACACAUUCGACGAAGGAUCAAGCGUUACUUUCAAAUGCGGAGCAGGAUAUACAAAAGUCAGUGGAGAUGGGACAAUAUUGUGCAGGAAUGGCAGUUGGACCGUGGUAACACUUCAGUGCCAAAAAAAAUCGUGUGGUUCACCUGGAGACUUGAUAAAUGGGAGAUUUAGCACUCCAAAUGGAACUGAUUAUGGUGCGACCGCUUUCGCUUCUUGCAACCGUGGCUAUGAAAUGCAAGGAACGGCCUAUAGGCAGUGUUAUGACUUUGGUUGGAACAACCGCGUUCCGCGCUGUGAAAUUAAGAAAUGUGCGGAUCCGCCCACAAUUGUCAAUGGAAGAAUCUCCAGUAGUCCUGACAAGGAAUUCCCUGAGUUCAGGGAUAUAGUACAGUACACCUGUGACAAAAACUACAACCUUGUUGGAGACUCGCAGCUUGUAUGUAAUGAGUUUGGUUCAUAUAAUGGAACGGUUCCCCAGUGUAAAGAACUGAACUGCCCAACUCCAAGUAUCAAAAAUGCCCAGCGGGUUGAUGGCGGUCCGCCACCCUAUAAACUGAAAUAUUUUGUAACCUAUAGAUGCGAUGAGGGCUAUGUGAUGGAAGGGCAAAGUAAACUAGUGUGCGAAGCAACGGGAUGGUCCUCUGACUUCCCAACCUGCAAUAAAGUUCUUCCCCCUCCUGUUCCAACAAAAACACCAGAGGAAACCACGACGAGGACAUUGCCGAAACCAGGCCCAACUCCAGAUCCAGAUCAUAUGCGUAAGGUGUUGAUAGCAGUUUUUGCUACUCUUGGGGCGUUGGCUGUUGUUGGGAUUAUUGCGGCUUUUCUAUUUAAGUCUUACAAGAAAAAACGUGAAUACCUCACAGGAGAAGACACCCGGAAGCCUGAAGGAGAAAUGCCAUUAAGCCCCAAAGCCCACACAAAUUCAUACCCUUGAUGAAGCGGUGCGACGCCGGCUGUGUAUUAGCGAGCAUCUGCCCCAGCAAGAGAAGCCUUUCUGGGGGGGGGGGGGGCCUGCAGCUACACGUGUGAUUUUAAGGGGGUGCUUCACUUGCCAAUCGCCCGCUUCAGAAGACGGUUUAGUAUUUAAUUUUACUGGAUUUUAUUUUUGGUUUGUUUUUGCGUGAAUGUAAAUAGCUUUUUUUAUGGUAAUAUGUCACAUGACAGAAGUUUUGGAGACUGGUGAAUGUACAAAUGUUAAAUCCUGCAUUGUUUCCCGUGAAACAAUUUAGAGAACACAUUACAUGUCCCUUUACAUAUUCCCAUUUUUUUUUUUCGGAAAGAGAGAGAACGGAACAUGGGUCCUUUGUUAGGGGCUGAUAAUGAGUGGAAUGUAAACAAAAAAAAAACGAAGCCCAUGUGCAUGCUUAUCUUACGGGGGGCGGGGGGGGGGGAUGGUCGAGGCGGACGUUCCUCCCCCAGUAAAUGUGGGGCUGUGUAUCUGGAGAAGAAGAGGAGCCACAUUGUCCAGUUAUCUGCUCUGCAGUUAGCCGCAGUUAGCCGCAGCUCAGUAGCGGUAGUGAGCAGUGAACGCUGCAGCGGCUUAUCGCGCCCGGGGGCGGGGGUGAGGGCGGGGGCGGGGGCGGGGGCCCGGGGGGGGGGGCCUUGCCACGCCGCCCUAAUCCAGUUCAAGCUUCCUAGUGGCUUAUCUGAUGGUUUUAUUAAUUUCUUCCCCCCACACAGUGGACUUAAUAUCGCAUUUCCCGUCUGCGAGCCGCACCUAGAAUUACGUUACUUAAUAACCAACCCCGUUUGAACACAAACAGUCUUCCUGUUUAUGGUCGUUCAACAGUCUUAACAGCGUGUGUGUGUGUGAAAAAAGAUUUUUCAGUGUUUUCCUUGAGAAUUACAACUCAUUUAAUUAGAUUAGUUGCCAACGAAAUCUGAUUCCUUUUUCUGUCAUUUUUCUUUAAAUUUUUUCUACCACUGUCACCUUCUUGCCAGCCGUUUUACGCGCAGUUAACAGUUAACUGUGUGCGUGCGUGUGUGCGUUAAUUGUUAGAAACAGUGUGUUCAGUAAACAUGCCUUUUUGUGAGGUAGUGCAGUGAUAUUGUUGAGAUUGUUAUUCUUUGCUGUUGAAUUGUUCUCUCUGCCAGACAAUGGAAGAUGGAUGUUUUUCCAUUCAUGAAUGCCACAGUUCUUUUGUUGUGAAUUAAAUGUAAUUUAAAAGAGAAUAAUUAAAAAAACAUUGUAACAUUGUUUUAGAGAAAGCCGACAUCCUGUUCUCAUCGAGUGUUUAUUCCUUAAAUUUGACUGGGCAUGUACAUGUGUUCUGAUUAAAAUGGGUUCUAAAACUGG